AUGGCACCAAAAACAUCCGUGUCAAGAAAAAUAAAAAACAGAAAUUCAGGCAAACGUGUGCCUACAGUUGAUACCACUCAGGCUCGAUCGAAUAUGGAAGUGGUUCGAAUGUGCCUAAAAGAUCUCGGCUGGAAAGAAUAUGGCUCUGGCUCUUCUUCCGAUGCAGAUAUCUAUUGGAAUUCAGCGACCUUUCAGCAAGGCAAUAGAAAUUAUACUUCUACGUCAGCAAGAGUGAACAAAUUUCCUGGUAUGUGUGAUCUUAUGCACAAAACUAAUUUGACACGUUCAUUGAAUGUCAUGCGAAUGUUAUUUCCUGAUGAAUUCGAUUUCUAUCCAAAAACCUGGUUUCUACCUGAACAAAUAGAACAAUUUCAAGACGAUGCUGAGUCGAUACACAAAAGAGAUCGAAGACAACAUCGACCUCUUACAACUUUCAUUGUCAAGCCAUCGGACGGAUCAGAAGGUGCAGGUAUCUACUUGAUUCAAGAUUCAACUCAUUGCAGUGUUCCUAAUCGACCGCAUAUUGUUCAAGAGUACAUUGACAGGCCCCUGUUAAUGAACGGCCUCAAAUUCGAUAUAAGAAUCUAUGUAUUAAUUCUCAAAUUAGAUCCACUGGAAGUUCUGCUCUAUGAUGAAGGUUUAGUACGCUUCGCUACUGUCAACUAUCAACCUCCAUCGACUAAAAAUCUCCAUGAAGCGUUCAUGCAUUUAACCAACUAUUCUUUGAACAAACGCAGUACUAGUUACAAGCAUGCCUUGGAUGAAAAACAAACUGAUGCCAGCAAGCGAAAAUUGAGUAUUGUCUGGUCACAAUUGGGUCAACUGUUCAGUACGAACGAAAUCGAACAAGCCAAAGAGAUGAUCAAAGAACUGAUCAAUAAGACGAUAUUAGCAAUUCUACCUGAACUUCGUGUCCAAUACGCUUCAGAGUUACCAAUCACUCGGAAACAAAAUCGAUGCUUUCAGAUAAUUGGUUUCGACAUUCUUCUCACUGAUCAACUAAAGCCGAUUCUACUUGAAGUCAACGCGAAUCCUUCGUUGCGAAUUGAUUUUGAUCACGUAAAUGAAGCUGGUAAAUUUGUCACCGAGCCAAGUGCAAUCGACGAAGACAUCAAGAAAUCGCUCGUUUUGGAAACAUUGAAACGUGUAAUAAAGUGCAAGCGGAAUCGUAAGCUAUCAGAACCCAACGAUGAAAUGAUGACUCAAGAAGACAAAAAAGUUGUUCAUCGCCAAACAGAAGCGCACAGUAAACUUGCAGUGAAACAUGUGAAAAAGACGCAUUAUGACAGGCAGCUGAGUGCAUCCGACUCCGACUCGUCGAGUUGCAUUUCGGAAGAACUUUCAAACGAAGAGCAACAGUAUCAAACAGGCUCGAAUCAAAAUAGAAAGCCUAAAAAUCUAGUCAAUCUGACCUUGGCCAACACAGGAAACGAAUCACAAACUCCCAAUGAGAAUACAACAAGCGGUGCAUCCGAUUCAAUGCUCGCCGAUGGCAGUGUAGAUUUUUCUACACUAGACCGAUCGAUGACUAUCACAGGCGAGCAAAAUGUAACCCAAUCGUCCGUGAAUCGAACUGAUAUGGCCGCUGAUACACCAAUAACUAACAAGAUAAAAUCGCUCAAGAUUAUUUUUCCAUCAGCGUCUCAAACGAAAUACGAACAAAUGUUCCUCCCGGAGAAAAUUGCUUUUAUCUACAUUGAAUUAGUGGUCAAACGUGGAUAUAAAGCAAUGACUAAUUGGCCAUUUCGUAACUUAGCUAAAAUAUGUGGUCUUGUCGAUCAAUCAACUACGAUGAUAUCCAUUGAUAUGCUGUACACUCAAAUCUUCUACAAAUUGAAACAAUACGAUUCACAAUCUCCGGCAACUGGUCUAGAUUUUCCGGCAUUCAUAGAAGCUUUCUUCCUACUCUCUCAACGCAAAUAUUCGAAUUCUUAUACUCUCGUUGACAGUGUCACUGAACUGGUGAAGACUUGUAUUCGUCACUUGGAUCCCUCUGCUGAUGAGUCAGCGUAA